AUGAGGAACCGCUGUGGCUUGUUGAGCCGGCAUAAGUAUCUGCUUGCUGCCAUCGUGCUCAUCCUCGUGCUGUACAACUCACUACCCGCCGCCAAGUCCACUCUCAGCCCCCGCACCGAGCAAUCCGAUAAUCGCCCACGGUAUCUUCAUCAAUCGACCUUCCGCGCAAACCCGGAUUAUGACUAUGAGAUAGCCUUGUCGGAUGCGCUACAAAACAUCGAAAGAGACCCAAACGUGCACCCCGAGGCGACAGACACAAUCUGGCAGAUCAUCCUGUCUACUAAGGACCAGCGCAAGGAUGAUUCAUAUGAUUUCCAGACACGAAAUCUGGAAUGGAACUACCAACUGGUAAACGCCGACUGGGCCGACAACUUUAUCACCAACACUCUCGCGUCCCUUCCAGACCUCGCCCGUCUUUACAAAUCAUACCCACAUUAUGUCCAACGCGGUGAUCUUCUCCGUUACUUGAUUCUAUGGUACUACGGUGGGUACUAUGCAGAUGUGGACGUGUACCCCGCGAAGAGCAUCAAGCAAUGCCCGACGCUCCACAACAUUUUCAAGGAUCCGUCGGCGGGCACUUCUAUCGGCAGCAAUGUCUCUCUAGUGGUGGGAGUGGAGAUUGAUGAGCCUUUGGCAUCGCCGCAAAAGAUGCGAGACUGGCAUUGGGCACGAAGGUAUGGAUUCUUGCAGUACAACAUCUAUGCGCCGCAGAGGUUCAGCCCGUUAUUGAGGGAAGUGAUUGUCCGCGUCAUGUCUCAUACGAAAGGACAUGUGGAAAGUCACUUUUGGGGGAAAUAUGACGAGAUGACAACCUUGGAGGUUACGGGGCCCGGCGUGUUUACGGAUGCUAUUCUCGACAAGCUUUCUGAUACGUUGCCUUCCACGCAUCCACUCAUUGAGAAAUCUCUUGAGGCAGAUGAGCCGUUGGGAGACCUGGUUCCAACUUACUCGACCUUGCCUGUUCAGCGUGUGACAUGGGCACCGUUUCACGGCCUCACGGACACCAUUUGCGCCGAAGACUCGGAAGAUCAGCCUCAGAAGAUGGGAGGGCUUUGUGUCUUGCCUGUGAAUUCAUGGGGCAACGGACAGAGGCACAGCGGGUCCGAGGGCUUUAGUAGCCCGCAUUCCUGCAUCAACCACCGCUUUGGAGGUACCUGGAAGCCUUGGAAACAGAGCUGGAAGAAAUAUCUAUUCGGGUAA